AUGCAGUCGAUAAAUCUCAAUGUUAACGCUCCUUUCUUUUCUCUCCGUUUAAAAGAUAAGCAGGAAGAUACUUCUCUGAAUAGAAGCAGACCAGAGACUAUUGGUUCACGCAGACCAGGUAGAACGACACUUCCGCCUCCAAAGCCUGGGAGAACAAGAUCAACGACUCAUCUUCCAACGACAACUAGCAAACCUGAACUUCCAACAUGCAAAAAGAAGCGCAUUUGUAGCAGUAAGAGAAAUAGUGAGGAUUUCAGGGAGCUGGCCGUCGCUCUUCAUAAGGAACUCAGAGAGGAGCUUGACAUUGAUACAUCGUAUCUCUCCGACGACGGGUUGAAGGACCUGGACUUGGUAUACGACUGCAAACUGGAGAAGUUGGCCUAUCAACGGAUACAAGGUUGUAAAAAAGCGCUCUACAGCAGUAAAACUCAUAACAGUGCUGUGAUAAGAAGACAUCUUGGUCAAGAAAAAGUCUUAGCAUUUUCAAAGGCGUUUUCCUACUGGCGAAAUGGCAGAGAGAAGCGGACCAACGAAGACUUCAAGCCGCAUACCGAAUAUGAUAAGCUCUCCUGGGACUCAUUGUCGGCAAUCGGAUGUGCAGUAAAGCAGUGCAGGAAGAGGGGUGAAAGGUUCACCCUAGUGGAUUGCAAAUACGAUUACGAGUAA